AUGAAAGAAGAUAAGUCGUUGGUAAUCGACGGACAAACUGAAGUAGAUGAUUUGGCCUUCGUGACCCAUUUUGCCACAAAUGAAUAUACUAAAAUAAAUGAAUUAAAAACAUUCAAAAAUAAUGUUCCCAAAUCGUCAAAACCUCUGGAACUAGAUCUAUCGCAAUUGAAUGUUGAAAACGAGGAUAGUGAUUUUUCAGAUUCUGAUAUUGAAUCGGAGUCUUUAAAGGACGUUUUAUCACCAGCACAGUUUGGUAGAACAAAAUCAUCUCAUGAUUUUAAGGAUCCGCUAGAUAAUCUACGAAUAAUUGACACUGUCGAUUUACCAGAAAAGGUAGCUGAGCAGCUACCGAUUACGAAAAUUGGAACCUGUAAAUCUUCCUUUGAUGAUAUUCUCAUUAUACACUCUACACCAGGUAGUGGAGUCUUAGAUUUGGGUUCAAUCAUAUGUAAAGUGGAUAGAACAAUUUUGGGUACGGUAAAUGAUACUUUUGGACCCACUGAUCACCCAUAUUAUAUGGUCAUUCUGACUAACAAAUCAUUAUCUAUACAACCGGUAAUGUUCCUUAUAGUGUUAACUGUGGAUUUAGGAUGA